GUUUUCAAGGUUUACUUCCACCUCUAAUGCAAAAACAGCUGAAAGUAUGGACUCGCCGUCUGACUCGGAAUCGCAGCUCCUCGUUGAGACUUACCUGGAGCCUCUCACAAGGUCGAGUCCUACGGGGAUUAGGGAUUCCGAUUCGGAGCUCGGUGAAGAUGCCUGCAGCGUGGAGCAGGAGUUGGGCGACGUGUUAAAGUCUGAAAAUAUGACGAGACUUGUGGCCAGAAGGAAGCUCCUCGUCGCCUGCGCAGUCAGCCUCGUUUUUAUGACCGGAGAGGCGAUCGGCGGAUACGUGGCUCACAGUUUGGCCAUCAUGACGGACGCGGCUCAUCUUCUGACGGACUUCGGCAGCAUCGUGAUCAGCAUCUUCUCCCUGGAGGUUUCGUCCAGGCCUCAAACUCAAACCAUGACUUUCGGCUGGCACCGAGCAGAGAUUCUGGGGAUGUUCCUCUCCAUCGUGUCGGUCUGGGCCGUGACGGUGGUUCUGGUCUUCUCAGCCGUGCAGAGGAUCGCUGAGGGAGACUACGACAUCGACGGUCAGAUCAUGCUCGUGACCUCGGCCUGUGCCGUGGUCGUCAAUGUCCUGAUGGUUCUGAUUCUUCAUCAGUCUGGCGCCUCACAUGGCCACAACCACGGGGUCCCCAUAGCGCAGAGGGACAAACGGACUCGGGGUCGUUGCCACAGCAACGCGAGCGUGAAGGCGGCCUUCGUCCAUGUGUUGGGUGACCUGCUGCAGAGUGUUGGCGUCCUCCUGGCUGCUAGCAUCAUCCACUUCUGGCCUGAGUAUAAAGUGGCAGAUCCCAUUUGCACCUUUCUGUUCUCCGUCGUCGUCGUCGGGACGACGCUUCCCGUCUCAAAGGAAGUGUUCAGGAUACUGAUGGAAGGCGCUCCUCAGGGCGUCGGCUCCGUUAGGGAGCAGCUGCUGUCCGUGGGAAAAGUCAAAGCUGUCAACGGUUUGCACACAUGGAGCCUCAACAUGGACCACUCUCUGCUUUCCGCACACAUCACUAUAGAUGAAGAUGCGGAUUCACAGAUCAUCCUCAGGAAGGCAACGAAGCUCCUUCGUUCCAAGUUUGGUUUCUCCAGCAUCACAAUCCAAGUGGAGCGAUGCAAGACUUCAUCUGAAAGAUGAUUCUGAUUGGCUGCUCCCUCUUUGGCACCCAACUGCAGCUGGUUUUAAAAAGUGGAAAGACUAUUGUGGCUGUCCUUAUGCCAAAAGCUG